AUGUCGAAACUCAUUUUGACCCAGAUUAGCAUCGUCUUGGUGUUUAUUGUUUAUCGCUUCUUCUUCCGCAAGAAGCAAGAUCUUCUUCCACUCCCCCCUGGUCCCAAGCCUCUUCCACUUGUCGGCAACAUCAACGACCUUCCACCUCCAGGAGUGCCAGAAUUCGAGCACUGGCUUACUUUCAAGGAGAAAUAUGGCCCUGUUAGCUCUGUUACCGUGCUAGGCCAAACAAUGGUUAUCCUUCACGACAAGGCAGCCGUUAUUGAGCUCUUGGAGAAGUCUUCACUGAAGACUUCUGGCAGACCAGUUUUCUUUUUCGGCGCUGAAAUGUGCGGCUAUGGUGGAUUUAUGCCUACAAUGCAAUAUACCGACCUAUAUCGUCAACACCGCAAAUUCAUUCACCAGCAACUAGGGACUAAGAUUCUUGCGUCGCGGUUCAAUGAUGUUCAAGACAUAGAAUCAAAACGCCUCUUACUGAGAACUAUGAAUGAUCCUAAGAAUUUCUUUGAGCAUAUUAAAACCGAAGCAUCUGCAAUUAUGCUGAGGAUCACAUAUGGCUAUGUCAUAGAGCCACUUACUCAAGAUCCUCUCAUUAAACUUAUGCAAGACGUCAUGACGAACCUGUCGAGUGCCUUUUUACCUCUGUAUUGGGCGACCGACUUUGUCCCUGCCAUCAGACAUCUUCCUGAUUGGUUUCCUGGAACAGGUUUCAAGAAGACUGCGCGGAAAUGGAAAAGCAUCAAUGACGCCGUUACCAAGACGCCUUAUGACUUCGUCCAAAAACAAAUGGAAAAUGGCAUUUAUCAACAGACGUCAUACGUUUCUGAGCACAUUAAAGCUCAUGGUCAUGGAGAUGGUACAGGAGUAAGCGAAGAAGACUCUUCCAACAUUGCACUCACAGCAACCGAUAUGUAUGGCGGAGGCGCAGACACCACGGUUUCUACAUUUAUGGCGUUUACUUUAGCUAUGAUUCUAUUCCCCGAAGUCCAGAAAAAAGCCCAGGAAGAGAUUGACCGCGUGGUUGGCUCUGAUCGCCUGCCUGGCUACGAAGACCAAGAGAAUUUGCCCUAUACUACUGCUGUAGCUAAGGAAGCGCUUCGAUACUUUUCGAUUGUACCAAUUGGCACAGCUCAUAGAGCGGAAGAAGAAAUCUCCUUCAGAGGUUACCGUAUUCCAAAAGGCUCCUUUAUACUUCCAUCCAUAUGGUGGUUUUCGCACGACCCUGAGGUAUACCGAGACCCGCUAGUCUUUGAUCCCGAGCGGUUUAUGGAGCCACGGAAUGAGCCUGAUCCUGGCGACGAGGCCUUUGGAUAUGGUCGUAGGGUGUGCCCUGGCAGGUACCUUGCGACUGAGAGCAUCUACAUUACCGUCGUGCGAUUGCUUUCAGCUUUCACAAUUGCAAAGGGCCUGGAUAAGAAUGGAAAGGAAAUUGACGUGGAAUGCAAGCAAACUCCAGGUCUUAUUUCUCACCCUAAAAAAUUCUCUUAUCGCAUUACGCCUAGGAAUAAGAAGUAUGAGGAACUUAUUCGAAAGGUGGAGGUGGACCAUCCCUGGGAAAAGAGCGAUGCAGAAUUUCUCGAGGGCGACGUAAUGGAGACGUAUAAACAAGAGGUUAAGAAAACACAUUAA